UUAAAAUUUUAAAAUGUAAUAUUCUUGGGAUGGAUUAUAAAUUAGCUGAUGUAACACGACAACAGCAAAAGUCGUUAGAGUUCACAAUGGCGUUCCCUGUUCGUAAAGGAGUAUGAGUCAGGCGUUAAGGUUAAAUUAUUUUUUUUUUUUUUAUAGAGCGUAGUGAAGUUGAAAGUUAAAGCAGAAAGUAUUAUAAAAAGAUGCGUGUGUUAAUAGCUUAAAUUUACUAAUAUUUAAAUGAAAAAUAAAUAGUUUUACAAAUUAAUUUCCUCAUUACGUCACAGAAAAGUAUGACGUAGUUGACACAUGCGCAUGAAACGCACGGCACUGCAGAAGUGCCAGUUGCUUGGAUGUAUCGAUUUCCGAGAAGGUAGUGUGUGUUCUUUGGUUUUUAGUGUCGUUGUGUGUGAACGUUUUGUAUGAGAUUUUUAUGUAAAACGAAAGAAAUCCGCGGGGUUGUGUUCUUGAUCACUCAACAUGACGAAGGAUAGAUUGGCGGCUCUUGUUGCGGCCCAAAGUGACGACGACGAUGUUGGGCCAGACGAUGUCGCCGUCAAUGUUGAGGGCCGCGACAGCUUUAUGGAAGCCUUCUUCGCGGAGGUGAGUUCGUACCCUAUCCGAUUCGGAAAAUCGACCCGCUUUAUGUACAUGCCGUAUACAACAGCCAUGGACUUCGCGUCGCGCCAGGACGACCCCGAUUUGUUUUCUAUUCAAGCCUCGAAGGGCGAUAUGUGUGGUAUUGGGCGAAAAAUAAAAGGCUCGGUUUCGUUGCCGGGAGAAAUGAUAGAUCGUAUCGAGUAUCACGUAGAGCACGCCGUAGAUUACGUACAAACGGCGACCCAGGACACCAAGAAGGCUCUCAAGUACCAAAGCAAAGCCAGACGGAAACCGAGGAAAUUUCUUCCUCUUUUAGCGGGAAGGCAGACGACAAAUGAAGAACUGGAGGAGAUGUUGGAGCAGGGAAACCCCGCAGUGUUCACCCAAGGUAUUAUAAUGGAAACGCAACAAGCGAAGCAAACAUUAGCAGAUAUAGAAGCUAGACAUGCUGACAUAAUAAAAUUAGAAAAUUCCAUUAGGGAACUCCACGAUAUGUUCAUGGACAUGGCGAUGUUAGUCGAAAAUCAGGUAGGAUUUCAAACGUGUUUUCUUAGUUGUAGUAAAUUCUGGUUUUCGUUUUUACUGAAUGGACCCAAGUCCUUCAGAACUUAAUAUUUGUAACAUUUUUUUUUUUGGUAUAAAACCAUUUUUUUUUCGUAUAAAACUAUAGCCAAAUAAAACGAUUAUGAGAUAAAAUCAGUUAAAUAAAAAGAUAUUAAUUUUUAUGAGUUUUAUGAUAAUUUGUUCAUCGUCGUUCCUUAUUAAUUGUUUACAUUAUAUUUUUAUUACGUUAUCUUGACGCAGUAAUGUUUUCAGUAAUAAUUUUGAGUGUUGUUUCUUUUUUAAUGUUAAAUAAUGCGAUACACAAUUUGAUACGAAAUAUUUUGUUAUGUUUCAAUGUUCACCAGAUGUAUUACGGGUAAAAUCGGUAAAUUUGUAAGUAAUAUGAUUUUUAGGGUUCCGUACCUUACAGGAAAAACUAAACACUUAUAAGAAAUCAAACGUUUUUCUCCAAAGGGAAUAGGUCAUUAUUUGUAAAUUAUAUUCACUAUUUAUUGCAAUAAUAACCUUUCGCGUCGAAUAGUUUUAGUUCGAGUAUUGUCUAGAAAUUUUACUAGACUAGAAAAACUUUAAUUUUAUAUGAACUUAAUGUCAGAGAUGUAGUUUCCCAGAAAAAUGUCACCCCUUAAUAUUAUUGCAAUAUUGAAAUGGUGUUUUCAGUUUGCGAUUGUUUUGCUAAUAUCUUCUUCAGAUGUUAUAUACCGGUAAGGCAAAAUGUUUACAUUUCUUUGUCGGCAUAUUCCUUUUCAUGUUGCUAUUGGAAGACGUGUGGAGUAUAUUUUCUGAAUCACGCCUAUCUGAAAAUACUUCACGGUUCUAUGAAAACUGUCUUAAACUUACCGAACUCUUAAAAUCUUUUGAACAAUGCGUUACAUCCCUUAAAACUUUCGAUUUAUAUGAAAAGAUUGAUGAAGGUAUUUGUAAGGGUUGUCCUAUGUCACGUCGUAUUUUUCAAUGCUGCCUACUUUUGAUGAUUACAUGUUUGGUUACCGAUUCGCCGCUAGUGUAUAUUACUGAGUAAAAUGAAUUUCUUUAUUUCUGAAACUAAAAUACAGCAUGUUUAUUAGUAAUAAAAAUUCAAAUUAUUUUGUGCAAAUGUGUUGGUAUUCGUUUUCAAUAUACCUGUUUCGGUUGUUUGCAUUCGAUAUAUUAUUUAAAUCAAUUAGGUAUCAGUCCUACAAGUUUUAGUUUAUAUAUAGCCCUGUGUCAUGUUUUUGUAUCAUUUGAAACCACGUCCUAAUUGAAUCGUAUCAGUCGAAGCGUUUUAACCAUAAAUCUAUCGAUUCUUGGCUCCUUGCCAAAACGAUCGUUAACAAGAAACUAUGUACUUUUACGUGUACAACGUAUGCCAAGGGGUUUUCUUUUUUAUCCCCCGUCUCGUUCUCUUUUUCUCGGACCUUUUUUUAAUCGCGGUCAUGGCACAAGUUGGGAGCACUUUUUAAAGGGUGCUCCAUUAAUUUUAAUUGGUGAAAGUAUGUAUAUAUUGAAAUACACAUGUGUGUAUAGGAGUACAUUUUGAAUCAACACGACUUUUGGAUUCAUAAUUUAAAUAUUACACACCCCGAAAACUGAAAUCGAAUUUUGUUUGCGUUUUAUGAAACCAAAAAGUUUUCCAUGUCAUUUUCUUUAAACCAGUUGAACCCGUCGAAAUUUGGACGGACGAUUGCCGAUCUCGAUUAUGAACAUUAGUUACAUUUUAAUCAUGGCGAUCCCUGAUACCAUAACCUAAUCUAAGCCUUGGCCUAAACGUCAAACAUUUAAAUUUAGAGAUUACCUAUUGGAAUGAAUACUAAAUAUGGACAUUUAAAUUCGUUCACUUUAUUGUAAGUUCAUCUCAAAUAAGUAGGGUGUUUUAACAAAAAAAAAAUGACAACAUUCUAGAUACCGAAAAUAGGCAUAAAGAGCUCUUCCAUCUGUUAAUUAGAAGCAUUGUUUCCAGAACAUUGUAUUAUAAGAUGAGAUAGCUGCACCGAUCGAGAUUUCGAUAUUGUUUUCAUGCUUCAAUUGUUUUUUUUUUUCCUUGAAACAAAAGUGUACCGGUUUAAAUUCAUGUUUUCCUAUUAUUCUCUUAGAUGUAGAAAGAGAGCACACACGUUCGAUUUGUUCCUGUAGUGUUGUGAUGCUAAUAAAAAUCAGGACAACAAAUCCGUGUGCCGGCUAGCGUCUUUUAUGUUACCUACAUAUACAACCCCCUUCUUUGAUGUAAGUUCGCGAAUUUAUUGAUCGGACUGGCUUCGUGGAGAGCUCCUUUUAUAUUUUAAUAAUAAUAGGCAAAGGCGACCGGAUAAAGUGACUUGCAAAUAACUUAAUGGUCUUUUGAAAUCGACUCCUCCUCCUCCUCGUCCUGUUCCUUCGUAACAAUCAGGGUCGCCGCGGCGACUGCACCGGGACGUAGAGGGAUGCUCAUCCGAAAUUAAUGGAAAUGUCAAAACGAAAAAUAAACUACUCUUGACCGAAAUAAUAUUGUGUUUUCAGACGCUUUUUUUUUUUUCGACAACCCAAUUAGAAAGUUUCUUGGUUUAGUUAAGCAGAAAUGCAUUGUGUUAAUGCUAAUUUGUUAGUUUAAAGUUAUGAGGACUACAGAUAUUGCUUAUAUCGCUUUUGAAUGCGAAAAUAACAUUGUUACUGAUUAAUUGCCUUUUUCUUAUUUUAAUUUUGAAAUUAAAUAAUGAUUUCUCAAAAAUUCUUUAAUGAAUGAAUUUGAAACUCAUUGAUUGAUUUAUAUGAAGAAGGGAGUCAGGCGAGGGUACCCCCUGUAUACACACCAAAGACGCGAUAAAUAUCAUUAAAUACAGGACAACUUUAGGGAUAUAUAUACAAGGGUAAAAGAUUAGUAUAUUUAGA